AUAUUUUUAUCCAGCCACACAUUUUCACUGACUACCUCCCUCUUGUGUUCUAUCUCUAUCUCCAUCAAAACAAGAAAAAGUGUUGGAAGAAAAUUUGAGUUUGUGAGAAAAUCAACAGUAGUAAUACAACAACAAUGGCAAUGAGAGUUUGGGCUUCUUCAAUCGCCAAUGCACUUAAAUUCUCUUCAUCUUCUACCUUGAAGCAGACCUCACUCUAUCCAUCUGCUUUUGCUGCCUCCAAAUGCUUCUCCACUGUUUUGGAUGGAUUGAAAUAUGCACCAUCACAUGAAUGGGUGAAACAUGAAGGAGAUGUAGCUACCAUUGGUAUUACAGACCAUGCUCAGGAUCAUUUGGGAGAGGUGGUGUUUGUGGAGCUACCAGAAGCUGGUGGUGCAGUAACAAAAGCAAGUGGAUUUGGAGCAGUAGAGAGUGUCAAGGCAACAAGUGACAUCAACUCACCCAUCUCUGGAGAAAUUGUUGAGGUCAAUACCAAGCUCACCGACACCCCUGGCUUGAUUAAUUCAAGUCCUUAUGAAGAUGGAUGGAUGAUCAAAGUGAAACCAUCAAGUCCAGCUGAACUUGAAUCUUUAAUGGAUUCAAAGGGUUACACCAAGUUCUGUGAGGAAGAAGAUGCCAGCCAUUAAGUUCAUGGAUAUGUUGUUUCUUCUCCUUUUUCUUUCGAAUUUCGAUUUGGGUUAGCUAACUGAUAUUUCUCUAUGUGUUGUUAUCAAUAAUAAUGUCAAUAUUACUGAAAGAUUAUCUGUUGCUUAAUUUGGUUAAUUAGUUUUUCUAUCA